CUAAUGCUUUGUCGGGAUCAAAGUAAACUAAGGGAUUGGGUGCAAACUGACCAUUGUAGUGGAAAUCCACUACAAUGAAGUUCUGAUCAGUAGGAUUUGGAGAUGAUGCCAUUCUACAAAACGAUUGAAGGAGACGAAUGAUCGAUAGAGAAUUUUGUGCCCUAGUCGAGUUUAAGGACCAAAUGAGACUUCGGGGUGAGGUUUAACGAGAAGGAGACGAAAAAUCGGGGCCUACAUGCCACCUCUUUCGCCAUGUAAGAUAAAAAGUACACGUAGGAUCGAUAAACCCUUUAAAACUGGCUAAACCCGGUCAUAAAGGGAACAUUAGUACAAUUCAACAAGUUAAAUGGUUAAUAAAACACGAAAUAAAGUUCAAUGACCAAAUGUCAUCAAAGUCAAAAGUAUGUUAGCCUCUCUCAAGUCAUUAUCCCUUUCUUUUUUUCUUAGUUUGCUCCACCUUUAUGUCUUCCCCAGCCAAACAAGAUUUCAUUCCAUAAGAUAUUAUAAAUAAAACUUUUAUUUAGCACACAGAAUUUAAAAAAAAAUAAUAAUAAUAAUAAAUAAGAACUUGAUUUAUAUCUUCAGACUUUAAUUGUUGCACAUCUGCUCGUCAUUAGUUCGCCGACCCUAUUAUCCAGAUCGUUUUCUUGAAACAAACUUCUUCAAUAAACUAUUCGUAUUACAAAUUGCUGCUAACACUCUUCCAAAUACGGAGUGAUUAUCGUUUGCUUUGGUCUCUAAUUUUUUGAGGGUAGAGUGAUUACAAAUACAGGUUGACAAUGAUCGUUUUACCCAAAAUCUAUACUAGGAAUACACGAAUAGAUCCUUCAAUGUUAAGAACAUUUAGACAUUAUCAUUUCAACACAGAUCAAACCCAUAAAAUCCCAAACCCGUUUCCUUCAACUCAAGGCAUUGGUCGAAACAUUGUAGCUGUUUUCUGGGACUUGGACAACAAGCCUCCAAAAUCAGUAUCCCCAUUCGAUGCUGCCAUUAGGCUAAAAAAGGCAGCUGAAUCAUUAGGAAUUGUUCGAUACAAGAUAGCUUAUGCUAAUCAAAGAUCUUUCGAUUACAUCCCCCCUAAAGUUAAACUACAUAGAAAAGAUAGAAAAACAUUAAAUCAACUAGAAAACAAAGGCAUUACAAAACCUAUCGAUCCAUACAUAUGUCGUGUUUGUGGGAGAAAGUUUUACACUUACGAAAAACUUAUAAACCAUUUUAAACAAAUCCACGAACGCGAACAUGCAAAACGUGUGAGUCAAAUCGAAUCAAGUAAAGGAAGUCAAAGGGUCAAACUAGUGGGAAAGUAUUCGAUGAAAAUGGAAAAGUAUAGUAACGCUGCAAGAGAUAUUUUGACUCCAAAAGUUGGGUAUGGAUUGGGAGACGAGUUAAAGCGUGCCGGGUAUUGGGUUAGAACUGUUUCGAAUAAACCACAGGCUGCUGACGUGGCGUUGAGGGAUCACAUGGUGGAUAUGAUGGAUAGGAGACAGAUGGAGUGUUUGGUGCUUGUGUCAGAUGAUUCAGACUUUGUGGAGGUUUUGAAGGAGGCGAGAUUGAGAUGUUUGAAAACGGUGGUUGUUGGUGAUUGUAAAGGUGGGGUUCUUAAGAGGGUUUCUGAUGCGUGUUUUUCGUGGGAGGAGAUAAUUAUGGGAAAGGCAAAGAAGGAAGGGGUUUCGGUUGUGGGGAAGUGGAAAGAUGGUGAUAUUUUGAAAAGGUUGGAGUGGAGAUAUAAUCAUGAAAGAGAGAGGAAAUUGUAUGAUUCGGAUGGGAGUGAUUUAGUUGGUGGGGAAGAUGAUGGAGGUAAAGUGGAUGAAAGUCGUGCUUGGUGGAAGCUUGAGUCGGAUUCGGAUGUUGCAUCUUUGUGAUUGUAGGGUAUGAGUGUGUGAUCCGUGAAAUUAGUCAUUAAAACUUGAUACGUUGCUUUUUAAAGGGUUAAAUGCAAGAAAUAAUCGUGUAUUUUUGUUUAUUUGUUUAUUAUAGCAACUUACUUUCGUUUUUCUCUAUUAUAGCAUUGUACUUAAAUUUUUUUAAUAGGAAAUUGUAAUUGUGUGAUUAUUUUGGAUUGGUGGUCAA